CAAGCAUUUCUGAAGCACGGAUUCUGACGUGCACAUGUGCUUUUGUUGCGGUGCUGAGUGCACGUUGUUUACUCUGAUCCAAGCUCAAGAACUACGAGCGCAGAUUCAAAGCUGUGCUGUUUCGAUAUGAUGGAAAGCAAAAUGCUCGAUCGGCACAGAAACAGUUUUAGUCAAGUCGAAGGACCCCAUGGUUACCAAAGGUGGAAUGUAAGCACUGCAAGCAACGAAAAUACUCUGAUUGAUCUUGUCAACACCGAUACUGAAAUUGUGAACAAUUCUCUUAAAUUAGCUCCAGUCAAUUCGAGUAAUAUAUAUGCACGUCGUCAUUCUGCUCACGCUUGUACGGCAACUGAAGAUCGCCAGUUAACAGUUGACGUGUCCUCCCAACCGCCUCCCAUUCCCCUCCGACCUCCGCCUGUUCCAAAAAGGACAAUACCUGUUCUGUACUCGCCUCUUACGCCCCCUACGCCUCCCAUACCUCAACACAGUCCUCCUCUGAACCCGAAUGUUCGAAAGAAGUUCCCACAGCCCCCUCCAUUACCUCCUACCCCAAAAACUAGAGCUCCACCUUUUAAUCAACUGCUACCGAGCCAUAAACCGUGCUUGCCGUCUAUAGAACAGACUAAAGAUUACAGAAAAUCUGAUGUUAAUCGGAACGCCAACACAAACUUUCCAUUUGAUAAUAUCAAACCAACAGACAGCGUGAAAAGAUCGAACAUGAAUAAUAUCAACCGUCAAGAGGCAUGCAAGCCAAGCACUCCGAACAGAAUGUAUAAACCCAACCAACAGGGGAAAAUUUCAAUGCGGCAAGACUCGGGCAUUUCAACCGAUAGUUUUAGCCAAAACUCGUCUCCCAGUUACACAACAAAAGGAAUGGACACUCCUCUGUUGCCACCGAAGACACAUUUGUACAAAUCGCAAAAUGGAGUCCUGAUUGCGAAACUCAAGGAUAUAAAAGCUGAGGAUAAUUUGGAGGAAGUAAAUGGUAUCACCAAGAGCGUUUCUACUCCGGCUGGGCUGCAAACAGUUGUGAGGUUUCAUAAUGGGUCGAAUAUGUCGGUUCACCAUAAGAUUCUGCGUGAAUCCAGAAGACCGUCAGAAAGUUACAACCAUAGAUUUUUCUUCAAAUUCAGAUUCAUCCAGUUACUGGUAAACGCGGUUGCAUUAUUUGCAAUUGGAGCGGGUAUCGUCGUCUAUUUUAGAGCUCUUGCAGCAAAUCCGUCAAAUGUUGUGACCAUAGUAAACAGGACAAUAAACGUGACUGCAUUGCCCAUAAGCAGUGACCAUCUAGACGGUAACCCGGCAAAAGGCGUUUGUUUGCCGGUUAUUGUCAAAUUUUGCCUACAACAUCAAUUGCCUUAUAACUACACCAUCUAUCCCAAUUAUGUUGGGCAUUUUGGGCAAAGAGAUGCGCAAAUGGACCUGGAAAUAUACGACGCAGUAGUUGAUGUUCGUUGCUACGAAUUAGCCUCCCUAUUCUUAUGCACGAUAUUUGUUCCAAAAUGUGGACCUCAUGGAAUGUUGGUUAGACCUUGUAAAAGCAUGUGUCUUGAAACGUAUCGCCGAUGUGGAUUUUUCUUGGACGUGUUUGGCCUAUCGCUCCCCAAAUAUCUGGAAUGUGAAUUAUUUCCCGAGUCCUCCGACCCCAACGUUUGCAUCGGUCAUGCGGAAGUGAAGGCACUGAAAAUUCGCGAAUCUAAACCAAUUUGUCCAAGCGGUUUUCAAUGCGAUGUGAAACGUUGUAUACCGAAAGAUUGGCAUUGCGAUGGCCACGUAGAUUGCAAAGAUCAAACUGAUGAGCUAAAUUGUAAAAAAUGUGGAAAGGACAUGAUUCAUUGCGGAUUUAAUAGAUGCAUUAGCCAGCAGCAUAUGUGCGAUGGUAUAACCGAUUGCCCCUGGGGUCAAGAUGAACGAAAUUGUCUUCGAUUAAGUGAAAGAAACGGUGAUGAAGGUGUAGGGCGACUGGAAGUUUUCCGACCUGAAAAACAGAAUUGGGUUCAAGCGUGCUUAUCAGCGAAGAAAGAUUAUUCGAUGUACAACACUCUGUGCAAUAAAUUGGGAUACCUAAAUCAAAAUUCUACUAUACAAACCAAUUAUGACAACCACACCGUAUUGGAGGGGACCUUUCAAUACACCGCAAAAACAAUCGAAAACUUUAACAUAAUUGAUAAAUUUGCUACUUGUGGAGAGGGCAAUUCUACGACCAUCGACCUAGUCUGUACCAAAUACGUUUGCGGAAGGGCUCGCGUGAGCAAUGGGGAAGAAAUGAAAUCUACCAGAAUCGUCGGAGGCGUUCCAUCCAGACCCGGAGACUGGCCCUUUUUAGCCGCCCUUCUUGGUGGACCAGAAGAAGUUUUUUAUUGUGCCGGGGUACUUAUUGCCGAUCAAUGGGUCCUCACAGCUUCUCAUUGUGUUGGAAAUCAUUCGGAUGUCUCCGGGUGGACGAUACAAUUGGGCAUUACCAGGAGACACUCGCAUUCGUUUUAUGGGCAAAAAAUGAAGGUGAAAAGAGUAGUUCCGCAUCCCCUGUACAACAUUGGCGUGGCCCAUGAUAAUGACGUGGCGCUCUUUCAACUUUCUAGCAGAGUAACAUAUCAUGAACAUCUUUCACCGGUGUGUCUUCCAGAACCCGAUACUCCGGUUCCCAAUGACAUGAUAUGCACUGUUAUAGGCUGGGGCAAGAAAGAAGACACUGGGAAUUCAGAAUAUGAGCCAGAGAUCAACGAAGUUGAAGUUCCAGUCGUGGAACAAUCAAUAUGCAAUCAUUGGUUGCAAUAUCGAGAGUUAAACGUAACCACUGGAAUGAUAUGCGCCGGAUACAAGAAUGGUGGCAAGGAUGCUUGCCAGGGUGAUUCAGGAGGCCCUUUGCUGUGUAGACUACCUGAAGACAGAAACAGGUGGUUUGUUGGAGGAAUUGUAAGUUGGGGAAUAAAAUGUGCACAUCCUCAUUUACCAGGCGUAUAUGCGUUCGUACCAAAGUAUGUUGAUUGGAUAAAUGCUCAAAUGGAAGAAUAUUCUGAAUGAGAAAAAUUAAUCAAUAACGAUGACAAUAAAGUAAAAAAGAAUGAUUGGUACAAAUUAUACAAGCAACAUGGUUUUCUAUGACAUUUACAAAAACAUGUUUUCUCUCAUAAAAAUGAGACUAGAAGCAUUUUUAUUGAUGUACUGUGUUUCCCUAUUGAUACCCAUAUACAUACAUUUGUGUUAUAGCAUAAGAGAAAAUUUUGAAAAGUCUAUUUGAAUCAACUGAUGAUUAAUCGAGAUAUUUGCAGGUAAGACUCUAAUAAUCAUCUGGUAGUAACUUUUUCAAUCACAAAACAGUUGUUACAAACAAUUAAUCAUCAGAUUUUCAAAAAUAAAAAAUAUAUGAUGUUGACAAUAUUUAAGAUAAAUUAGAUAUACCCCGCCAGAUUUCAGGCUACGCACAAUAUUGUAGUUUGGCCCCUAUAUAGUGAUAUCUUAUGACAAUUUAUUAGUGUUCGAGCGGACCGCUAUCAAUGUGAUCUUUGAUUUAGUGUACAAGGUGAAUGAAAAAUCCCAUUAUGAUACAUCAAAUCAUAAAGCAUGCCCACUCUUCUGCACUGGAAUAAUCAGACAAAAUAACCAGAAUGAUUCUGCAAAAAAAACAAAACUUUGCGGCACACCAUACAAACUACCGAAAUCCUCUAAGGACUUGAGCUCCUAUGUAUUUUCUUGACAAUAAUAAUCGUAAUCUGUCAUAGCAGGGGAUUUUUCAUUAAAACCCUGAGGACUUUGGCCAUUUAACAUCAAUUUUAAUCUUAACAAAAACCAAUCGGUUGUGAUUUUAUUCAGGCUAUGAGACUAGUUUAGACUGGAAAAAAUUGUCAAAGUGAAACGCUUAAUUGGGUCUGCUUGAGUCGAAUCAACAGUAAGUCAAGAGCACGUGAUCGGUGGAAAAGCCAUCGCCACAACAGUUUCAAAAUUAUUCAUUACUUUCAGUUGAUUUGUAAAUCCACUCUCUGACUGAGAGAAAAUAUCUACGUCAAUCAUUGGUGUUAUAAGGUUACUACUCGAGAUUCCCCAAAGUCCUGUGGGCUUUACACAAAAUAUUUUAUACCUUCUAGAAAGAAAUUAUAUAAAUAGUUUUCUAUAGAAUUUAUUACCAAUGUUACCUACUUGAUAAUAAUGCGUCUUCAGAAAAUGGUAAGACGUAACAGCUUUACACUCUCGUAUAUUCUCGGUUUCGAUGGACUAGAUACCUUUGCUACAAUGAACAUUGCUACAUUUAGUCACUCAAACUAGGUAUAUACAAAUAAGACUUUAACUUAAAGUAACGGAUUAAUUAUAAAUGGAAUUGUGAAUGUAGCACAUGGCCAUUAUUACCUAAUAUUAAGUUCAGAUGUUGUCAAUUUAAACGAAACAUAGUCAUUUCUGAAGUUAGUUCUGUACAGGGUUUUUUGUCUAUUAUGAAAAUUCUAUACUAUCUAAAACACAUAACUAUAGAAUUGAUGGUUCAAAAGUAAAAUAUUUUUUCUAAAAUGUUCUUACUAAUCAAAUUUAUUUUACUCAUUGAUAGUGAGUGGUUUAGAAGAACAAAUGCCACUAGAAAUUAUUUACAAUUUGGUACUGCUUGUUUAGAGAAUCGAUCUAGCGAUCUUAAAGAUUUUUAUAUAUUUUCACUUGAAUACUAACAGUCUCAAAAUACACUUAAAAACGCGAAAUGUUUUAGAAAUCUCCCAUAGGGCUUAACAUCUUAACAGUGAUAGAGAGUUUGGACAAUAUAUUUUAGACAAUACCUAUAUUUAUGUGUACUACUUAUGAUGAUGUCUUAGAAAAUAUUUGUCAUGUGGGCAAUCUGUUUAUCAACGACAAUAAUUGUUUAAAUGUUAGUAAGUAUGCCUUUUUAAAAAGAGUCAAGAUAAAUAUAUAUUUUUCAAUUCUAGUUUUGCUAGGCACAUUGAGUCGUAUAUUAAAUCUGCCGAUUAGCUGUGUAUGUGCCUUACAUAUUUACUUAGCGAUCUUUAUUAUACCAAAGUAUGUUUGGCAUGCCUAAUUAGUUAAUUGUUAUUGUUAGACAUUUGCUGUCGCUGUUUGAAGUUUAAUUUACAAUAUUCAUAGAAUACUAUAAUAGAUACAACGCCUGAGCGUACUCAAUUUGUUUGAAAAUGUGACUAGCAAAGCUAAAAUAAAACCAUUUAAUGUUGGAAUAUUGAAUGUAAUGUUAGUGGAUAUAUUACGUGUAAAACUUAGAUCAUUUAUCAUAUAGGAAAUACCUAUAGCUGUUAACGCGCUGAGAGCGACUUUAGUUGAUUGUUUCCAAACUAACUAGCUUCGUCAUGAAACGUUUGCUAUUUUAGUAAAGAGAAAUAAACAUAUUUUUUCAUCAAUAUUCUUGGUCUUAAGAAAGGCUACUAAACGAAUUCUAGUUAGGACUUAUAGCAGAAAAUAUUAUUUAGGAUCCCUUCGACAUGUUCAAGCAGACAAUGUUGAAAUUAAAUAAUCUAAUAAUGAUACACAACGUUUCAAUGGAAAAGAUGCAAUUAUCAGAUUAUUUAUUGUUGAAAAUUGUUCUAGGCUAAAAAAUAACUAUGUGUUCCUUAUGGCUAUGCUGGCUUUAGAUACAUGUGAUGUCUAUUAAAGAAAUUAUUAUGCUUGCUAUAUAUGCUUCCAAAAGUAUCCCAAGAACUAUUGCUACGUUAUCUAUGAUCCGUUUAAAUGUCUGAUCAAUAAUGUGCAUGGACAUUUUUACCUGCAUAUUUUAGAUAAUUGGUUAGAAAGCUUCUGGGAAAUUAUCCGUGCAAAGAAUGGUAGAAAUUUGGCAGAUCUAUUUCAAAUAAGCGAACGUUAUUCAGUAUAGAUCAAAAAUUCAAAAGCUCAGGAUCAAUAUGUGAAACGUCCGAACUUUGAUACAGAGCUGGCACCAUUUCCACUAUUCUUCGCUGUGCUGUAUUUUCUUGUGUUAGUUAAAGUAUGUAGUUGGAGAAAAUACAACCUUAUUAUAGCGCGA